ACAAUCGCAAAUAUGGAGUCGCUAAUGUUUUGAUAACUAGUUUUUCGCAACAAACUGAACAAUACAUAAUUGAUAAUACACGGCCAGUGCUGAUUGUGCAAACUACAGUAUGGAGCAAGAAACGGCACCAAGAAAGACGUUGCAAAAAGCUCGCCAUCUUUCUGAGAUCAAGGGAUAUCGACACAAAACCGAAAGCAAACUAAAUGCUACGGUUGAUGAAAGCUCAUUGGAGAUGCCAAGCAGUAGUACUUGCACAUCUGUAAAGAGAUGCCUAGCGGUAGAUGGUGGUACAAACACAGUCUCAAAUUCUAAACGUUUCCGUAGUACUAAGACAGGAAGGAAAGAAAGCGAGGUGUGUACUGAGCAAACGGACGCAUGCAUAAACUGUGGAGAAGAUUCUAAUACUACACAGCAAUUGUUGGAAGGUCAGGUCAGAACUAACCACCAGGUUCUAACUUGUCAAACAAGUCAGCAGAACGUCGAGGAAAUUCACUGUAAUGUGCAAAAUACAGACUUAACUAUCGGGACGGCGUCACCUAUGACAUCUUUAGAAAUCUGCAACAAUCCAAGUAAUAAAAGUGAGCGAACGGACAUGGACUCACUAGGUAGAAGCAAUUCGGUUGAGAUAUUUCCAAUGGAAGAAGCGUGGACGCUCAGAUCUGAGUUUGCCGAUGCCGGGUCGGCGACGAUGGCGCUUGAUGAGCAGGCAUGCCAGGCCUUGAUGGACGAGGCUGUGUUGUAUGAAUCGGGCGACUCCGACACUAGCAGCAGCAGCAGCAGUGAUGAGGUCGGAGAUGCCACAGCCGCGGCGACGGAGGAGGCGGUGCAGGACUUUGCUCGGCGAGUGAUCCACACUAUUACGCAGACGUACGUGCGGCUACGCAGAUGGCAGUCACGACACAUGGCACGCAGCAUCAUCGACAAUGCUAUCAAUAAGGUGCUGGAGGAGUCAGGACUGGCUCCAAGCUUAGCCCAGAGUAACGUGCACGCGAUGCCGCAGCUAAUCAAUGACGACUACCACGACGAUGAUGACGACGAUGACGACGAGGCUCGCAAUAUCGAGGACAACACUCGCCAGCAGAUGGCUGUCAGUCUGGAGGCAGAGGGCGUGUCUGCAGCCAUUCUUAACAGAGGCCUGAUGUUCCGCCGCUGCUGCACGGCUGCCGCCGGAGAGCUGGCUCUGGAUGCAGACUCGUCUCUCGUCGCCAUGCCACGACCGACAUCGCCACUGGUCGCCAGUUCGAUGCAAGAAGCUGACGCCGAAGAAACGCAACUGCCAAAGUUGGCGGCUAUUGAUCAGGGACAUUCGAACAACGCCGACGAUCUGAUGGAUGCGGCCGUGUCUUGCGCGAUCAGUCAUCGUGGAUUGGGCUUUCUCUGAUUUCAUGCUCGGCACGUCGUGUGCGUACUGGAGCGGUAGCGCUGCCACGGCCACGGGUGCAGGGGCGGGCGGGCACGCAGGCCGCCGCC